UGGAGCUACAAAGUGCCUGUCUGGCUGUAUGGUUUGACUGAUGAAGGAUGUAUCUGCUGGGCCUGAUUUACAUCUUGCAGUCCCAUCUGUUGGUGGUCCAAUCCUGUCCAGCUCAGUGUGCCUGCACAUUUGGGAACAGUGGAGCAGCUGCGCUCAGGUCGGUGCAGUGCAGUGAUCCAAGAAUCUCAGCCAUUCCUACAAACGUCCCAGCUGAUACGGUGAAACUACGUCUGGAGAAGACCCUGAUCUCCAGGGUGCCCCGGGCAGCCUUCUACAACCUGUCGGAUCUGCGUUUCCUGUGGCUAACUUACAACUCCAUCACAGCCAUCCACCCCAGCAGCUUUGUCAACCUGAAGGCCCUGCGUGAGCUGCGCCUUGACGGAAACCUCCUGACGUCCUUCCCCUGGGAGGGGCUCAGGGAUAUGCCCCGCCUCCAGACGCUAGGUCUCCAUAACAACCGUCUGUCCAGCCUUCCUGCCCACGCUGCUCUCUUUCUACCUAACAUUACCUACCUGGACCUGUCCAGCAACAGGCUCACUAUACUACCCGUGGAGCUGCUUGACCUUUGGUUUCCUCUCACAGGACAACAGGGAGGAUCAGUGCAAAGAAGAAUUUUGGGUCUCCAUGACAACCCCUGGUUGUGUGACUGCCAGAUCUCCAUGGUGAUGUCAUUGUCCAUGUCUCUCGGGAGUCCUAUCAUCCUCAUGGACCAGCUGCUGCUAUGCCGCUGGUCUCCAGGUCAGUCAGGUGUGCUGCUCACUCAGACAGAGUUGUCCCGCUGUGUGAGGCCUUCAGUCCAGCCGGCGGCCACCAGGGUCGUCUCUCCACUGGGCAGCAACGUAAUCCUCCGCUGCGACGCCACCGGCUACCCUACGCCGACGCUGACCUGGGUCAAAACCUCGGCCUACAACGAUUGCUGCAAACAAGACAUCCUCAAAAACUCCGACCAGCUACCAAGGAAUUUGGAGAGUUUUAUGCAGCAAUCGCCUCAGGUGGGCGUUCGCUGGUCCAUAAUCAUCCUGAACGGGUUAUCAUACGAGGAUGCCGGAGAAUACCGCUGCCAGGCACGAAACAUGGCAGGGAUAUCGGAAGCCCCCAUAAAGCUGAGGGUGGUUGGAGUCUCGAGACUAUUCCGUCUUCCAAAAAAGAAAUCCCAAAAGACUCCACCCAAACCACCGUCGAAAUACAGGAAGCCCAACCAGACUCCUACCAACACCCCUUUAGUACAGGACAAUCAGAUACUCCAAAAGAAUCCGGCACCUUCCAUCAACAAGACCCAGACGAUUCUUUUACCAAAAGGGUUCCCUAAAGACAAGUAAAAUACAGACGCAAAGACCUCAACAUCUGACAAGUUCUAAUCUGUGCCCAUGAACAACUCUACAACUGCAUA